AUGGCCAGAACUAUCCAAACUUCUGUGGUGACCGAGGUCCCCGGGCCCCAGUCUAAGGCGGCGACAAAGAAACUCGAUACCUUCUUCGACUCCCGCGCUGUACAUUUCGUUGUAGACUAUGAGAAGAGUUCUGGCAACUACAUCGUUGACGUGGAUGGCAAUAAAUAUCUCGAUGUAUACUCGCAGAUUGCCUCAAUCCCUGUGGGUUACAAUAAUCCUGCUCUCGUCGCCGCCGCCCAAUCGCCAUUGAUGGUCGCUGCCCUCGUCAACCGUCCGGCUAUUGGUAAUUUCCCCUCUCGCGAUUGGCACGACAUUCUUAAGGAUGGACUCCUCCGUGUUGCACCGAAAGGCCUCGAUCACAUCUUUACCGCGCAGUCUGGAUCUGAAGCAAAUGAGCUGGCUUUCAAAGCCUCGUUUAUGUUUUAUAGGCGGAAGGAGCGUGGCCACGGAGUGGAGUGGACUGAUGAGGAAAUCAAAUCUUGCCUGGACAACGCGAAACCUGGGUCCCCAGACCUAGCCGUCCUGAGUUUCGCAAACUCUUUCCACGGCCGAGGUUUUGGCAGCUUGUCGACAACUCGUUCCAAGGCGGUGCACAAACUUGAUAUCCCUUCAUUCAAGUGGCCCCAGGCACCGUUCCCUGCCCUUAAGUACCCUCUCGACAAGCAUGUUGAGGAGAAUGCUGCAGAGGAGCAACGGUGCCUGGAUGAGGUUGAGCGCCAGAUUACCAGUUGGCAUUGCCCAGUAGCGGCCCUGAUUGUUGAGCCGAUCCAGAGUGAGGGAGGCGACAAUCAUGCCUCCGCCGUAUUCUUCCAAGGGUUGCGUGACCUUACUAAGAAGCAUGGUGUCGUUAUGAUUGUAGAUGAGGUGCAAACUGGUUUUGGUGCUACCGGCAAAUUCUGGGCGCAUGAGCACUGGAACUUGACAUCCCCUCCUGACAUAGUCACCUUCUCAAAGAAGGCCCAGACUGCUGGAUACUUCUUUGGUGAUCGCAUGCUUAUUCCGGAUAAGGCGUACCGCCAGUUUAACACCUGGAUGGGCGACCCGGCGCGUGCGGUCUUGAGCAAGGCCGUCGUUGGCGAGAUUUUGGAGAAGAACUUGGUCGAGGAAUGCGCUCGUGUUGGAGACGCUCUCUAUGCUGAACUUGGAAAGCUUGCACAGAAACAUCCUCAGCACAUCCGCAACCUUCGAGGGAAGGGUUACGGAACAUACAUUUCCUUCGACACGAAGGAUUCUGCUGCACUUGUAAGAAGCAUGAAGGAACUCGGCGUCAAUGUAGGCACAUGCGGUGUUCAGACUGUCCGUCUACGACCCAUGCUCAUUUUCGAGGAGUCUCACAUACCCAUUCUCAUCACUGCGUUGGACAAGGCUCUUUCUCUUAAUAGGUAA